UUCAUCGAACUUUUCCCCACCCGAAACCCUCGCCUCCAUGCCAACAACCACGCCGCCGCCAGCGGCACCAUCCCUGCCCGGCGAGCUUCUCGAGGAGAUCUUCCUCCGCUUCCCACCGGAUGAGCCCUCAUUCCUCAUGCGCGCCUCACUCGCAAGUAAGCUCUGGUUCGUCCUCCUCACUGGCCCUAACUUCCAGAGUCGCUACCGCGAGUUCCAUGGAUCUCCCCCCAUGUUGGGCUUCUUUUGCAAUCAGAUCGAUGGCUCCGACUUGGAGGAGGAGGAAAAACCAGUCUCACACUUCGUCCCCACCACAAAAUUCGGCUCUUGCAUAUCCAAGGAGGACUGGAUCGAGACAGACUAUGAUGUAUGGGAUUGCCGACAUGGUCAUGUUCUCUUUGGGCAAAAGGGACGGAGAUCCACGGAGUUCAUCGUUCGAAACCCGAUGACGGCCUGCUGGACGGAGGUGCACACACCUAAAAGAUACAUGGGGGGCGACAACCGUGGAGCCGCAGUGUUUUGUGCUAUGACCGGAUGUGACCACCGCCCGUGUCAUGAGGGCCCGUUCCGGAUGGCCUUUGUCUGCUUGUAUCUGGGAGUGGGCGAGGAGGAUGAUGAUUCUAUUGUAUACGCGGGUGUGUCCUUGCCACAGAUGUGCAAUUGGAGCAAUUCGUGCUCCAAAUUUCUGAGCAAGCCAUGCUCUGAACCAUGGAGCAAGCGGUGGAGCAAUUCCUCUGGUCUUCAUGUUCCAUCUGGGGCAUGGAUCGAUUCAGUCCCCCCAGUCCUCAUCGAAGACUCACUCUACUUCAUGAUUUCAUAUUAUGAUGGUGCUUGCAUAGAAGUUCUGAAGUAUGACUUGAGCUCUAAUUGCUUAUCACUGAUUGAUGGGCUGCCGGUGGAGGAUGUCUUUGCCGAUGCCACUAGACUCAUCGCCAUGGAGGACACCAAUUUGGGUCUUGCACAUGUGGAUAGGUUAACCCUCUACCUAUGGUCAAGACAAAUGGGUUACAAUGGAGUACCGUCAUGGACUCAACGAAUAGUCAUCGAUCUCAAUAACCUUCUUCCCGUUCGCAAUCCCAAUAGAAGGCUUAAACUAAUUGGAUCUGUGGAGGGCAGUGAUAUCAUUUUUGUGACCAUAGACUUUGGCAUCUAUGAGAUUAAUCUCAAGUCACUAAGGUGGAAGACAAUAACGAAGACUGAAAGUUUAUGUGCUUUGAUUCCAUACAUGAGUUUCUACAUUCCAAAAGAAAUGGAGGAAAGGCCAGCCACUCAGAUGCGUCUCACAGAUGAUGUAGGGUUGAAUAUGGGGCUGCCACUUGGGAGGUGGAGGUGACAUGGGUCUUGUGAUCAAUUCUCUUGGUGUUCAGUAGCUGUUGCAUUGCUGCUUGUUUUCUCAUCGUCUUGUUGCUUGAUAAUUUCCUUGUGUUGUUGGCAUGAGUAAGCAGGUGAACGUAGUAUUAGCUUGUAAUGAACCUCUAGUUUCUUGCAGCAGCAGCAACCAUAGUUUGGUUAGUUUGUUAUUUUAAAAACUAUACAGUUUGCUUAGUUUUUGAUGGUGACUCGUUCAUUUCAAUUAAUCUUGUGAAUUCAGUUAUUACUGCAUGUCAA